AUGAGCGGGGACCGUGAGCACAGAGAGUCGCAGGUCAAUUGUGGAUCCAAAGGGAAUGACUCUCACAAGCAUAAAGACAAGCACAGAGAGCACAAACACAAGGAUCACAAGAAGGACAGAGGCCACGAGCGCUCCAAGCACAACAGCGAACAUAAAGAGCACUCAGAGAAAAAACACAAAGACAAACUGAAGCACAGCGAUGGCUCCGACAAACACAAGGACAAAGAGAAGAGGAGAGAAGACAAGGUGAAAUUGUCCCACACAGACAAACCGAAGAAAGAAAAAGAGAAUGGAUAUGUCAGACAUUCAAGUCCUGGUAUUAAAAGCGAGCCAGAGGAGGACAAUGGCUUUCAUCCAGUCUCCAAACACAAGGCAUCGAAACGAGAGCUGGACGAUGAAGAAUUUGAUUAUAAACCCAAAAAGGUGAAAACAGAACAUGACAAAAAGGAAAAGAAGAGGAAACAUGAAUAUGAGGAAGAAGAUGAGGAGGAGGAGGACAUAAAACCCAAGAAGACAAAAGAUAGAAGUGCAAAAGACGGGAAGAAGAACAAAAAGGAGGAGGAAGAGAAAUGGAAAUGGAGUUGCUGGAUUAACUGGUUCAUGAACACAAUUGCAUCACUGCCUUCCGACUUUUCGGGGAUAUUGACGAACCGAAGAUUACAAGCGCGGCUCCUGGUUUCUGCAUCGUCAAUUUUGUCCCGGAGGUGGGAAGAGGAGAGAUACACCGAUGGAUCAAAGUGGCGCUUUCUGGAACAUAAGGGACCGGUGUUUGCUCCUCCCUAUGAGCCUAUGCCAGACAAAGUCAAGUUUUUCUAUGAUGGUAAACCCAUGAAGCUUAGCGCUCCAGCUGAAGAAGUCGCCACUUUCUUUGCUAAAAUGUUGGACCAUGAAUACACCACUAAAGACAUUUUUAGGAAGAAUUUUCUCAAGGACUGGAGAAAGGAAAUGACUCCAGAGGAAAAGUCAAAGAUAACUGACCUAAACAAAUGUGGCUUCAGUGAGAUGAGCUCAUACUUUAAAGCUCAGUCUGAGGCACGAAAGCAGAUGACGAAAGAGGAGAAGCAGAAAAUCAAAGAGGAAAACGAGAGGAUCCUUCAAGAAUACGGUUUCUGCAUCAUGGACAAACACAAAGAGCGGAUUGGGAACUUUCGCAUCGAGCCGCCGGGACUUUUCCGCGGGCGAGGGGACCAUCCUAAAAUGGGAAUGUUGAAACGGCGCAUCAGACCUCAGGAUAUUAUCAUCAACUGCAGCAAAGAUUCCAAGAUUCCCAAACCUCCUACAGGGACAAAGUGGAAAGAAGUGCGUCACGACAAUAAGGUGACGUGGCUGGCUUCAUGGACCGAGAACAUUCAGGGCUCCAUCAAGUACAUCAUGUUGAAUCCCAGCUCCCGGAUCAAGGGGGAAAAAGACUGGCAGAAGUAUGAGACGGCUCGGCGACUGAAGAAGUGUGUGGAUCGCAUUCGGAACCAGUACAGAGAAGACUGGAAGUCAAAGGAGAUGAGGAUCAGACAGAGAGCAGUGGCGCUGUACUUCAUAGAUAAACUGGCGCUCCGAGCUGGAAAUGAGAAGGAGGAGGGGGAGACUGCGGACACUGUGGGCUGCUGCUCGCUGAGGGUCGAACACAUCAAACUUUAUCCCAAAAUGGACGAACAGGAAUUUGUGGUGGAGUUCGAUUUCCUGGGAAAGGAUUCAAUUCGCUAUUACAACAAAAUCCCAGUAGAGAAAAGGGUCUUUAAAAACCUACAAUUGUUCCUUGAAAACAAGCAGCCAGAAGACGACCUCUUCGACCGACUAAAUACCUCGAUUCUAAACAAGCACUUACAGGAACUGAUGGACGGCCUCACGGCGAAAGUGUUUCGAACGUACAACGCCUCCAUCACGCUUCAGCAGCAGCUCAAACAGCUCACGUGCGGUGAUGACAGCGACCCGGCAAAGAUCCUGUCCUACAACAGAGCCAACCGGGCGGUGGCCAUUCUCUGUAACCACCAGAGAGCUCCGCCCAAGACCUUUGAGAAGUCCAUGCAAAACCUCCAGACCAAAAUUGAUGACAAACAAAGCCAACUGUCCACUGCUCGGAAGCAGCUAAAAUCUGCCAAAUCUGACUACAAGGCGUCCCACGAUGAGAAGAGCCAAAAAACUGUGGAGCUGAAGCGAAAAGCCGUGCAGAGAAUAGAGGAGCAGCUGAUGAAGCUCCAGAUGCAGGCGACAGACCGAGAGGAGAACAAACAGAUCGCAUUGGGAACGUCCAAACUCAACUACCUGGACCCACGCAUCUCUGUGGCCUGGUCCAAAAAGUACGGCAUCCCGAUCGAGAAGAUCUACAACAAAACUCAGAGAGAGAAGUUUGCCUGGGCGAUCGAUAUGGCGGAAAAGGAUUUCGAGUUUUAA